AUGCAACACGGGCGGCUGGACGAGAUCCCACUGCCAUCGUCCCAGUACGCUCUGGAUGUGGAGGACACAGAAGUUAUUAUUGUGGAUCGCAUUGUAUCGGUAGUGCGUGGUGUAAGCCAGGGUCAGAGCCGCGUUGUGCUGCGUGACCGCCACGGUGAGGGGGCAGGUCCGGGAGUCAAGUUACCUGCUGCUUCAGUUGUUGUCACUCAACCUGCCUACCUGCGCCUGUUCCUACUGCCACACAAUAACUGGGCAAUCACUGUUGAUGAGCCGUGUUCAAUACAGGUCCAGGUCUUUGACAGAAACAACCAUCGGAUCCACAUCGGAGAUGCAGUGUCAGUGAGAUCGAUGGUGUCUGAGGAAUAUUUUCGAGUGUACAGCAUGACCCGUAAUGGCACAGUAAUCGAUGGCACCACCAUCAAAGUUGGCACUGUCCCAGUAACAGCAACACUAGAGUCUGUUCGUGCCAUCGGAGGUGCAGAAGUCAAGUUCAAACCUGUCAUUUCUGCUCAAGAGGACAUGUUGAUCUAUCCCAGGCUCAUGGUUACACCCAGGCAUGUCGUAGUUCCGUGGGAUCCAAGCUUGACAAAGUAUGAGUUAGAGCUGACAGCGAGUGGGGGAGAUGGUAGUUACAGCUGGCGGUCAAACAACAUCUCAGUGGUGACUGUGUCUCAGUCUGGUGUUGUCAAGUGUAACAAACUCGGGGAGACCAGUGUCAUCGUCUCCAUGCCGAGAAAUCCUGCAAUCAGAGCCACAUCUCGUAUUGACGUUCUGCCACCUUCACACAUGGAAAUCCUCAGUCAUAUUCUAGAAGCUCCGGUUCACAAACCAAUUAUCCUCAAUAUCGUUUUGUAUGCAGACACAGCAGAUGAAAAUGGAAAUUUGAAGAGAGUCCACUUCACACACUGCCAAGAGAUUCAAUUUAAGGUUGAAAUUUCAAAUGCAAACUUCUAUCAGAACGUCACAGAUCACACCAAACCACUGGGUAAAGCUUGUGCAACGGUAGCUGUCGUCGGAAGGACAUUGGGAACAUCAAAAGUGAAGAUUUCCUAUAAAAGUGGUAGUGUUUUGUUGGAAGCGAGCACUGUAGUGGCGUCUUUCAGUCCUGUAGAAGUGAUGCACCCAGAAAAAAUGGUCACGGUCCUCGCUUUAGGCACAUCUAGACAUAUUGUAUGGAAGGGAGGUCCACGAGUUUGGCAAGGUAGGCCAGCAGAACACAAGCGGUCUGUUGCCUCCGAUUCUCCUGCAGUUACAGUGGAAGAAGUCACCAGUAGCACACCGUCGGAGUUCUAUGUCUACUCAGUUAUGUGUAAAGAACUGGGAGAAUCCAAUGUGAUUUUAACCAUUAAAAACAGUGCAUCAAAUGGAAACUUCAAACAUACAGAGAAAGACAAAAAAGAAUACAACUACUUAAUCCCUCUAGAACAUUAUCAGUACAUCCACCCGAAAAAUCGAACUGGGACACUGACAGUGGAAGGAACUGUGGUUAACUACAGGUUGCAGUUACUCAGUCGCUUACUGAUCGUUCCUGAACACCCAGUUUUUGGUAUUUUAAAUGAUUUGAAAGAGAUAAUCAGUCCUGUGAUAUCCAACUCUCUGACAAUUGUUCUUGUGAAUGCCUCCUCUGUCACACCGGACCGAGCAACAGUCUUUAACCAUCCAAAUAACAAAGUUGUGCUUAAAGUUACCCAGGGGUCAGGGUUCUACAGAGUCUAUCAGAGUUCUCUGGACAUUGCUGACGUGCGCUAUGAGGACAGUUCAAAAUCUGUUGAAGUUAUUCCAAAAACCGAUGGACAUUUGCAAUUGACACUUUUCGAUCUGUGUUUGUCAUACAAGUCUCCUGUUGUGGAAAUUGAAGCCAUCACUUUCACAUCAGGGUAUGGAGAGAGAGAAAUCCGCAGCCAACCUCAGGCACUUCAGGUGUUCCCACCACUCCGUCUGAUCCCUCAGGACAUCACAUUAGCAGUGGGAGCAGUCUUCCAGGUGACUCCCACGGGAGGCCCGCAGCCAGACUGUUCCAUGGAAUAUACAACCUCAGAUGCCUCUGUGGCCAAAGUUACGUCAGCAGGCCUGGUGGAGACGCAGAGAAUUGGUGACAUGAGCGUUACUGGAACGGCUAUUGGAUACCUCAAAUCCACCGGUGGGAAGAUCGAUACAGCAAGGAUUCUUGUCAACGUUCACGUCAUUCACCUUGAAGGGGUGAAGAUCCAUAGUCCGUUGAUGAAACUAAAGACUGGCUGCAAGAUGCCAGUCUGGGCUGUUGGAGUACCGGAAAAGUUGACUCCACUGGUGUUAGGUUCCAUACAACCCUCACUUGUUUUCAAGUGGUCAACAUCUGUCCCGAUAUUGUUGAACUACAGGAUGUAUUUUCAUGCCACCGGUGUUGAG